AUGGAGGACUACUUUGAGCAGGAACUGACGCCGGAGUUUUAUGCCCUCAACAUAACGGCCUUUCAGAUGGAGCGCACCAGCACGGCCACUUACGAUCAGAAGCAGCUGAACAUCUUCCUGGGCAAGGCUCGCGGUCAUCGAAUGCAGAGUGGUGGUGGCCAGCAGCAGUCCAAUGCCACGUUGCACUCCGCUGACUGUGCCUUCAUCUUUGACUCGGUUAAACUGCUGACCAAAUCGCUAUCUCAAGCUGUCGUGAACGGCAUUACCGGCCCAAUCAGCUUUGAUCCGUACGGUAAUCGAGAGAACUUCUCCAUCGACAUUGUCGAAAUCACCCUCAAUCGAACUGCAGAAAAGAUUGGUAAAUGGAAUUUGCGUGAAGGAAUUAGCCUGAUUCCCGUCAAACGCAAGAUGGAAGCCAAGUUCAAUCAAACCAACAAGGUUUACUACGUGACAAGUAUCCUCGAAGAGCCCUACUUGAUGCUGAAAACAGAGGGCGACAAUUUAGUGGGCAACAAUCGCUUUGAAGGGUACUGCAAGGACCUCGCCGAGCUGAUUGCCAUUCAGCUGAACAUCACCUAUGAGAUGCACAUUGUGAAGGACAAAAAGUACGGCGGCAUCAUCGCCUCGAACAACACUGAUGGAACAAAAGAGUGGAACGGGAUGGUGGGCGAGCUGAUUCGCCACGAGGCAGACAUUGCCAUUGCACCGCUCACCAUCACCUCAGUUCGAGAGGAGGCCAUCGACUUUACCAAGCCAUUUAUGUCACUGGGCAUCUCCAUUAUGAUCAAAAAGCCGCAAAAGAAGAAUCCAGGCAUCUUCUCCUUUAUGGACCCUCUCAGCUCAGAGAUCUGGAUGUGCAUUAUCCUCUCCUACGUGGGAGUGUCAGUUGUCCUCUUCAUUGUGUCUCGUUUUUCGCCUUACGAGUGGCGCUACGAGGACACUGUUUACGGGCCUCACGUCUCAAAUGACUUUUCACUUUACAACUCAAUGUGGUUCUCACUGGGAGCACUCAUGCAGCAAGGUUGUGAUGUCUAUCCGAGAUCGGUUGCCGGUCGAAUUGUCGGAUCAGUUUGGUGGUUCUUUACGCUGAUUCUCCUUAGCACAUACACCGCCAAUUUGGCCGCCUUUCUUACGGUUGAGCGAAUGGUAGCGCCAAUAAACUCUGCCGAUGAGUUGGCCAAACAGACUGAGGUUGAAUAUGGCGUUUUAAAAGAUUCCUCCUCGAUGGAGUUUUUCAGACGCUCUAAGAUUACGGUUCACAAGCAAAUGUGGGAGUUUAUGAAUAUUCGGAAGAACGUUUUUGUCGAUAGUUACAAGGAAGGCAUCAGACGAGUUCGGGAAUCUAAAGGAAAAUAUGCCUUUUUGAUUGAGAGCACUCACAACAAUUACAUCAACGAGCAGUUGCCCUGUGACACACUAAAAGUGGGUAGGAAUCUAGAUGCCAAAGGAUAUGGCGUCGCCACGCCACGAGGGUCUCCCAUUCGAGAAAAACUGAACUUGGCAGUUUUGUUUUUAAUUGAAAACGGCGAUCUGACACGUCUCGAAAAUAAAUGGUGGUACGACAGGAGUGAGUGCAAGGCUCGAGAGGCAAAGGAGACCAUUCAGAAUGCACUGACGCUCAACAAUGUGGCGGGUUGUUUUUACAUCCUAAUCGGCGGUCUCUUGGUGGCGAUGAUUGUCGCCUUGGUGGAGUUUGCUGCCAAAGCCAAACACGAUUCGUUGCGUUUCAACCUCUCAACGAUAGACGCUAUGAAGUCUAUUCUCAAUAUAUCCAUAACUGGAAAGCCGACCAAGAACAUUAGAGACAUGCAACUAAGGAACAAUAUGGAAAAUGAGAACAACUACGAAAUCACCGACGGCGGUGAAGAGCACUUUGAAGAUGUGCAAUAUCAUUAG